AUGUCGCGGUCACGGAGGAAAGAUACCCGGCGGCGGACGGGGUGCUUGCAGUGCAAAGAAAAACACAUUCAGUGCACCGAGGAACACCCUCGCUGUCGACGCUGCGAGACGCUAGGCCUCCAUUGCAUAUGGUCAAAGCAGUCCCGGAAAACACAAUGCCAGAGGAAAGUGCCCUUCCAAGCAGUGUCUCUACACUCAUACAUUGACCGCUGGAUAUUCCUGAAUGUUACUGCCCAUGAUUUCGAAGCAGAGGAUACAUGCAUUCGGCCGUCAUCUUGUCCCGAACUUGACCUUAUACCUGCUCUUUCGCCUUCCCCUUACCAUCCCCUCCACUCCUUCCCUGAGACAGAAGCCUACCUCCUCGACUACUUCAUCCAAGGGAUCAGCCCCUCUUGCUCAUUGAGUGCGUCGCAUAAUCCGUACGUCUCUCUCGUCAUUCCGCUUUGCUUCACCUCCGAGACACUCCGAAAUGCACUUUUGGCGGUCGCCGCGAACCAGCUUUGUCUUCUUGGCCGCGGCCAUCUGAGGCAGGAGGCCUGUCUUUACAAAGACAAGGCGUUGCAGGGUGUCAGACGGGAUCUAUCUGUCGGCCUACAAGAUGAAGGAACCAUUGCUACGGUGCUCAUGCUAUGCUUCCAGGAUAUAUCCGACGGGUGCUCUCCGUCCUGGAUGACACAUCUGCGCGGGGGAUUGCAGCUCAUGGACUCCAACGCUUCUCGCAGAACUCCAAGUCUGUGGAGCUUUUUCCGAAUGUACUUUGUGGCGCACGAUAUCAUGAGUCAUACGGCAUUCGAUAACGGGGAUGCAGACUCCUAUGACGAUGGACAAGUCUCGCCUUGGUCGGAGAAUGAUGAUCUGGAUGAGAUCGAUGUCCUGAUGGGCUGCUCGCGCGGCCUCAUGGCCUUAAUUCGCAGGAUCUCUGUCCUUGCAUCCACAAGAGCCAAGGUAACAACCGUGCAUAACGCUGAGCAAUCACCAAGUUCUAACGCCAUGGUUCAGAUCCUAAGCCGCCGCGCUUUCAGCCCAUCCGAGAUCAAGAACCAAGCGAUUGCCACCCUCGGCCUCCACCGCGCCGUCGUUUCUCUCACGCAAAGGCUCCCCUCACACUCUCUCGACCGAAAGGAUCUCCAAGCCAUAGCGGAGAUCAAACGCCUCGCGGCCCUCCUCUACCUUACCGAGCGUCUCGGAACUCGCCACGAAGCCGCGGAAAUCUUACGCGGACAAACCCAUAUGAAAAGGCCCUCCCUUGAAACCAGCGCACAAUCAAAAUACAAUCUUAUCACCUCCAUAAUCACAUCCAUAUCCGCACUCCCAGAUACCAAUACCGCUACACUUCUCUGGCCGCUGUUCGUGCUGGGCAACGUUGCCUCGGAAAACGAAGAGCACCGCCGCUUCGUUCUCAAUAGGCUUUUCGGCAUUCAGAAGGCGCGGAACCUGGGUAGUGUGCGUCGGACGAUUGAGGCUGUCAAGCACGCUUUUGGAACGAGGGGAGUGUUAGACUUGCCCGGUGACAAAGGAGUAGAGGUGCGAGGGUCGCACUGGGGGCAUGAGAGGUACCGGUUUAUUAGCCUGGCUUGA